AUGCCUAAGCUACAACAACCACAGAGGCCUCCGCAGGCACAACUGCUCACCAAUGGAGCAAGUGCGGAGAGCACAAUCAACGAAUUCACCUCAUUGCUGAUCCAGACCGCCUCUCACGGUGGUUUCCGCCACCUGCAGGGGCUCUGGAAAGAUAACCAGGAUUUGCAGCAGAAAUAUGACGAGAAACACGGUGCGUACAAAGUCAAUUUGAAGCAACUAAACGCCUCGGAAGCCGAGCUAGAGUCAACCAAGGAUGCUCUCAACUCCUUGAAGGCUGAAAAGGCGGCUUCGGACGGAAAACUCCAGGAAAUGAAGGACGAUCGUGAUAAGUUUCGCCAAAAAUCUCACGAGGCCUCAGAAAAGCAGAAUAGCCUCUUGAUUAAGAGCAACAAGCUCCAGAAACAGAUAGAGGCACUGGAUAAGGGGUUGGAAGAAGCUAAAGGAGAGAUAGAAAAGGGGACGAAGUUACAAGGGCUACUCCGAAGAGAAGAAUUCGAGAAGCAGAAUGUACAAGAUGAACUGGAUCGUCUCACGUCCUUCAGUGCCAUCAUGGAUGAGUAUGAUGAAGUAAAGAGGGACACGUUCCAUGCUGAACUGGAAAGAAUCUUCAAUCUAGCCUAUGGCUUAGCUGCAAGAUUCCUCUUCCAAGACAUCGACAUGACCGACGUCACAUCGAAUGACUGGAGCAGGAUGAGGGAGGCUGUUCUAUACAGCUCCAGCCUUCCCCUUCCCAUGUCCAACACAGUACCUGCAAAGCACAUGCGCUUUGCCGUAGGACUGUCUGUUCUCGCUUACGCGCUCACUAAACAUGUCUUUCAGCCCAUUUACAUCAGCGAAGAUCAGGACGAAGCAGCGAGACUUCUUACCAAGAUUGAAAAUCGAGAUCAAGAGGUGCAUGUACGUUCAGUGCUAUUGCAAAUACAGGACAAGAAAUGUGGCCAAUCUCGUGCCAAGAAAGCCGCUCAGGAAGUUUUGAAGUCCAUUAGGCCGCUUGUCCCUCCUCUAUUGUUCGGAGAAUGUGAAAGAGAAACAGAAAAGGUCUGCAUCGAUGCAUUGGAUGUAUGGAGCUCGGUUCAGCACCUGACAGAGCUUGUCAUUGCGAACUUUAAGCCAACUAUGACACCGACAGAAGAAGGCCUCAAUUUGCCAGAGUCUCCAUCGAAGACUCAGGCGGCCAGAGAGGCUUCCAGGAAAGGUGAUGGGCUAAACAAAGGAGGUCCAUCCAAGACCAAGAGCCCAGGCAUCCAAAACCAGACAAGAGCUUCGCCUGACUCACCCGCUCCGUCUUCUGAAGAGGCGGUGUACCAUAUCUGGCCAGAGUUCUCGACCUCUGAGGAGACAAUAUAUCCUUCCCAAUUCUUGACCUGGGUGCAGGUCAGGCCAGCCAUGAAUGAAUUCAGGCGCGAAGAGACGAAACGGAAGGAGACAAGAACCAGCAACAGAAGAAAUUCGGAUGCUUCAAGCACGACGCAUAUGGGGAAGAAGAACGGUACCAACCCCCCUUUUUUAACGGCUGGAAAUGGAGACGGCUCGCCAAAGGUGUGA